ACAUUAAGCACAAGUGGCAAAACUUCGUAAAACGAUUCAGACUUUGUGAUUCUGUAGACAAUAUUGUCUUGGGGAUGACCAGAAGAGUCAGGACAAAAGUGUUAAGAGCAAAUCCAAUAAUAACGAUUUUGACAAAGACCCUAGAUGAGAAUAACAUUAAAGGGAUCAAUGAAAGACAAAAAGUUAUUUGAAUGCUAGCUUUCCGUAAUUUUCAUGUUUUGAAUUUUAUUCAUCAUGUUUAGAGGAAAAAAAAUUAUUAAAUACAAUCCACGUGUAGCGCAGAAAACGAUCUAGUAGUUAAUAAUAUGUGGUCAAAUGAUUUUUUCUCAAAGGAAUUUAUUUUAACUGUGGUCAAAUCUAAAUAGUUUUAAUUUUAUAUCCAUUCAACUGAUUUCAUAUUAUGUAAGUGUUUGGGAAUUGGUCACCUUUCCAUUGGACGUAAAACAGUAUACAUACAAGAUGAAUGAUAUCUAUUGACGCCUGUCGUAUCGUAAAUAUAUAAGGAAUAUACUUAUCCUAUAAAAAAAAUGGAUAUGAAGAUAUCCUAACUAACAAUAGCUUCGAGAUUUUCUUAAAAAUGAAACAAUAACAAAAUGCUGUUGAGAUUACAAUUGGAUUAGUCGAAAAAAACCUAAAAACUUACUCCAUUGCAUGUGUAAUUUUUGUUAACGUCCUACUAAUCAUUCAUGCCACAAAGAUCUUCAAUUUUACUUGCUCAUCUCCCUUUCUUCACCUCAUUCCACCUAAAAAUUAAGAUCCAUCCAUCCACUUCUAACCUCUUUAUAUUUUGAAAACAAAAUUCUCAUACUCAUGUAUUUCUUAGUCGGAGAUGCCAACACAAAAGGACCGAAACUCAUCAUCAUUAUUUCUAGUGAUCAAGCUUCUCAAUCCACUGCUCCAUCAUUUCCUCAAUCUCCUAUUCUAUUUUUUCCUCCUCUGCUUUGGCGUGGUAGUUGGAAUCAUUGUUCAUUCUUCUCUAGAAGCAUCAUCUUUGCCUUAUUAUCCAACCGUUCAAAGUGUUUCCCAACUCGUCCUCGUUACAUCUCCUCCUCCCCCUACUUCUCCUUCUCCUUUGCCUCAGAACUACGAGCUCGAAAUGUUUCUGAGGCCACCGAAGAUUAACAUCAUGCAUAAUAUGGAAGACAACGAGCUCUUUUGGAGAGCUUCAAUGGAUCCUAAGAUCAGGAGUUACCCUUUCUCUCGAACCCCUAAGGUUGCUUUCAUGUUCUUGACAAGGGGACCUUUACCUCUGGCUCCUCUAUGGGAAAGAUUCUUUCGAGGGUGUGAAGGUCUUUUCACUAUUUAUAUUCACACCAAUCCGUCUUACAAAGAGUCCAUGCCCCAAGGCUCGGUGUUUCUUGGCCGCCGCAUUCCGAGCAAGAGAGUGGACUGGGCAAACGCAAACAUGGUAGACGCAGAACGUAGGUUACUAGCAAACGCAUUAUUAGACAUCAACAACGAGCGUUUCCUUCUCCUCUCGGAAUCAUGCAUCCCUCUCUUCAACUUCACCACUAUCUACUCUUACCUCAUCAACUCCACUCAAACCCACGUAGAUUCUUACGACCUCCCCUUCGGCCGCGUCCGCUACAGCCGCCGCAUGUAUCCACACAUCCACCUGCACCACUGGCGUAAAGGCUCUCAGUGGUUCGAGCUAGACCGACCCAUGGCCCUGGAGACUGUCUCCGACACAUUCUACUGGCCCAUCUUCAGGGCAUACUGUCGCUGUCCCGACGAGCACUACUUCCCGACGCUACUCAACUUGACGCCCAGCCUCGGGUCGCGUAACUCAAACAGGACGUUGACGUGGACUGACUGGGGGAAGCGUAGGGCCCAUCCGAGAUCGUUUGGUGGGCCGGAGGUGAAUGUGGAGUUCUUGAAUUGGCUUAGGAGGAGUGACAAAGAGUAUUGUGAACACAAAGGAGUGGAUAAGACGAGGCCUUGCUUUCUCUUUGCUCGCAAGUUUUCGUCUAAUGCUUUGGAUAAGUUGCUCCGGUUUGCAUCCACCGUCAUGUAUUUCUGAUCACUAUUUUUCUCUCUUCUAUUUUGCUUUUAUUUUGUAUAGGUGUGUAAAGUUCUUAUACUUGGAUACGUACUAUCUGAAAGAUGUUCCAACGACCAUUUUUUACUCGUGUACAUAUAUAAAAAUACUCCUAUAAAAUAUGAUCAGAUGACGAAGUCCUUAGCCAAUUAAAACUAUAUAUGUACGCUACUGACCCCAUAUUCGUGUGUGAAGGGAUCCAGGAGAUUCCAGAUCAUAGACCCAUAGAGACAAAAGAAUGUUAAAUUUUUAGUCAGCGGCGAGAUCUUAAGACUAGGAACUUCUUUUUUUUUUUUUUUUUUUUAAAGACUAGGAACUUCAUAUUCAACUAGCUAGUAGGGUUAGCAGUUGUGCGUUGAUGAAUCCCUUCUCUUUUGUGACGUUUACAGAAAAGAUUCUUGUAACAUACUUCUUUCAUCAUUUUAAAUUGUUUGCUAUUGUGUGUUUUGGAUGCUAGUGAAGGUGGAUGAACUGCUAAAGCAAAGGGAUACAAUAUGCCAUUCACCCUUCUCUGGGGUACAGACACCAAGCAACGUGAGUAACAGUAAAGGUUAGAAAAAGAAUCAAAAGGCGAUGUGGACAGUGUGGGUGAAGAAAAGUGGAUCAGAGAGUAGAGACAAGACAAAGAGGAAAUGGUUCAACUUGAACAUAAAAGGAACUGAUAAGAAGCUUGGUUGACCUGAGCAAAAGGGCAGAUUUGUUGUGAGUUCACUGGUAUAUUCGUUAAGACAGAACUGACUCAUUGACUGUUGGCACUGUGGUGGCUCUGUGUCUAGGCACAUGUAUAUGUUCAUCGAAAUGGUUUGAAAGAGAAAGAGAAAAAAAAACUAAAUAUGAAAGUGGUUUUGAAAUGUA